GUCAUAUAAUCUAACAAAAAUUAUUAAUUAUAUACACAUACAUACACAACAUAGUAUGUUUAGAUACGUGCAGUGCAAACAUGCAAUUUAAACACAAAGGACGAGUUAAUCCAACAAAUGCAUGGCUUUUAAUUUUGGAAUACGACGAUUUCGUUAAUUUUGGGCACGACGAUGAUGAUGAUAUCGCUACGCAUUCGUGAUUAUUAUAGCAAAAAGAUUGAUUGAUUGAUUGUUGUGUUGUGUUAAAUGCAAAUUUUGUGCAUUAAUUUGCCAAUUAAAUCUACUACGACGGUUACGAUUGCCGUGUGAUGAUAUGCCACUUAAACAGCAGCUUGAACCGUCUGUGCGGAUAUCGGUGUCUCUCCCGUGGGAUGCAGCACAACGACUGCGUCAACUGGCCGUCGAGGGCAGUUCCACUCUGCGUGCCCUCGGUAUUCUAUCCGUGCAGCCUGAUGGCGAUUCUGUGAUAACUUUAAAAGUUGGAGGACAAGAUAUUAAAAUAAUAAAAGAUAAUUUAAACGAUGUCGCAGGCGGAGCAAUUGAGGCGGCUGGCACGUCCUCCAACAAGGCCGCACUCACCGUUAGCGUUGGCAAUGUGGCGACGUCGCAUCUGUCAUCGGCACCCACUUUCGAUGGUCCCAGUACAAGCAAAGCAGCCUAUGUACAACAGCAGCAGCAGCACCAACAGCAGCAACAACAGCAGCUACAUCAGCAGCAGCAGCAGCAACGACUCGCGCAACUGUCGCAAAACGAUGCAAUCUCAAGCCAGCAGCAUUUGCAGCAGCUACAGCGACGAAAUGUGCUGCCGCAGCAGCAACAGCAGCAGCAGAAACUAAUGCAACAGCAACAUCAGCAGCAGCAGCAGCAAUCGUUGCCGCCGCCACAGACGCCGCCCUCGCCGUACAAUAAUGCAACAACGACGCCGCCUGUUUUCAAAUCACCGAACACGGUGUGUCCAAUGGAGGGCAAGGUGCCGCUGCUGCCCUCACCAGCUGGUACACUCAAUGUGCCAAGAGAUUUCCCAUUCGAGAGUAUGCGGCAGGCACGUGUCCUGCAGGGCAGGGAGACGGCACUCGGCCCACCGCCGCCGCCGCCUCCACCCAAUGUAACACUCAAGCUGUCCAAUAAUCAGUCAGCGCAGAACGGAGAGGUUAUUGCUGCGGCCACAAUCGGUGCGGUUGCCUCGAAUAAAUCUCAGUUCAUAAAUCCGCCUCCGCCAUAUCCCGGUCUUGGACCGAGCACAUGCUCGACUGCACCGAACAACAAUUCGGCAGUAGCUGUGCCCAGUGCGAAGCCUGUGCAGAGUUAUCAUAUGCCCACGUCAACACCACCAUCAUCAUCAUCAUUAGCAUCGUCAUCAUCAUCAUCAUUGGGUGCAGGAGGAGCGCCUACAACCACAUCGACGGGAAGCAAUAAUAUCGCAAUAUCAUCACCGCUGUUGGUCAAUCUGCUUCAAAACGAUGGCAAUUCGAUGUCCAGCCAAAUGAAAUCGCCACAGUUGACGGCGCCAACGACGCCGCAAUCACCCCAUGUAAGCAUGAGUCCCAGUGCCCAAAUGAUGAACUCCAGCUCGCCGAUGCGCUGCUCCUCAACGACGCCCAGCGAUUUUGUGAUGGCGCCAACAAGUAAUGUGCCUCUCGACAACGGUAAUGUGCCUAGUCCAGUGGUGGUGGUGCCCUCAUCUCCGACUGGCGGCGGCGGGCCCGUGAUAAUGCGCAAUAUGCAAAGCCAUCAGCCACAACAGCAACAACAACAACAACAGCAGCAGCAACAACAACAACAACAGUUGCUUCUCAGUCCAAGCGGCAAUGCGAAUCUGUACAAUCAAGUGCCACAGUCACAUCGCUUUCAGCAUGCGGCUGCCUUGCGACAUCCGCAGCAACAACAGAUACAUCAGCAGCGCCAGCAUCAGCUUCAGGGCAUACAUCAGCGAUUUAUGCCACCACAGCAACAACAACAGCAGUUUCAUGCGCAGCAGCAGCCAACUGAUUGCUUCAGUAAUUUAAGCCUGCAACAGGCGCAACAGCAGCAACAGCAACAGUUGAGACAGCAGCAACAAAUCCGAGCUGGUCUGCCACCGCCACCGCAUCCGCAACAGCAGCAACAACGUUUAAUGAGCAUGCCGUUGUCCUCACCACAGGCGCAACAAUUUAUGCCGCAUGGCAAUGCCUCACCCAUAGCCCAUUCACCUGCCUCCAGCCACCAUUCGAUGCAUAGUCCGCUGAUGGGCAAUCAUCAGGCGCCGUCAAUGCUGUCGCCAUCGACGACACCACAUAGCCCGGCACAUUCACAGCAACUGGCGCAGCUUCAGCAGAAGCAGAAGGAGAUGACGCCAAUUUCUAAUAUGCAAAAUGCACACCUUGUACCUGCAGCUGGCGCGGCCAAUGCGCAACUGCCUCCGCCACCCGACUACAAUCAGGCGGCAGCUAAUUCGCGCUGGCCCGCGCUCAACAAGCCAAUGGAUUCGGCUACCAAAAGCAGUUUCCAGGAGUUCACACGCUACCAGAUGCAAUACAAUCUGCAGCAGCAGCAAAUCAAUUUGGGCAAUGGUCCACAACAACAACAGCAGCAACAACAACAUCAGCAACAACAACAGCAGCAGCAGUUAUCAAUGCCAAUGCAACAGCAGCUGGGGCAACAAUCAGCGUCGAAUUUGGCCAACGUUUCGAACGUUUCAACUGUUGGCGUUAAUCAUGGUCUUAAUGAUCCACUGAUAUCUUUGUCUGACCUGGAUGCGUUGACCACCAACGAUUUGGAUGCUUUACUGCCAACUCUAAACUGUGAUCUAGACUCAACGCUGAGCCUUGAGGAUAAGAAUGAGCUCGAAUCGUUGCUGCAGGAUGCCAAGGAUCUGGACUUGGACCUGAUUGAGGAUAAUUUGUCAGCGGUCGGCAUGGAUGUGGGUGAUGCGCUUAGCACGCUGCAGGAUAACACCGGAUGCACAACAGAACAAGCCCAGCAGCAGCAACAACAAACACAAAUGCUCGAUAUGCAGCCGUUCAACCAGCAGCAGCAGCAGGUAUUGCAGCAGCAACAGCAACAACAACAGCAGCAGUUGCAGCAGCGACAUCAUCAGCAACAGCAAUUGCAUCAGCUGCAACAGCAGCAACAACAACGGCACCAGCUGCAGCGUCAGAUUCAGCUGCAACAACAGCAAUUAACGCAUCGCACGCAACAACAGAUGCAAUUGCAGCAGCAACAGCAACACCUGCAACAGCAACAAGUUCCACAUCCGAAUGCGCAACUUGUGGCACCAAAGAAACUGACGCAAUUGCAGCAACAGCAACAACAACGCCAAGGAAAUGUACAGCAAAAACAAUUUAUCAUUAAUCCGCAUACCGGCGACAUGGAGCCAAUGGCCAGCGACGAUAGCGACACGGAAGCCGAGCAGGAAACAACUCAGCUACUAUUCCACAGCAUGCCGAGUGGAAUGAGCAAUUAUGGCGGUUUUAAUCCUGCCAAUGACAUGCUAUUGCCGAACAACUUCUUCUCCGAGGAGGACUCGAACUCGGCCAUGUCCGGGCAGCAGAUGCCGCUGGCGGGUGGAAGCGAUCAGGAGCGUUCGCGCGACUCCCUCGCCUCCAACAAAUCGAGCUCGAAUCGGGCGAGAAAAACGCCACAGAACAAGGCGAACCACAACAACCUAAGUCAGCUGCAACACCAGAAGCUGCAGCACAUUGCCAACCAUGCCCAGACCAUGCAAAUGCAAAUACAACAAAUCCAGCAGAUGCCGCCAACAUCAACAACAACGGCAGCAUCUGGUGACUCUCCGCGGUCGGGCAACAGUUCGCCGUUGAAUUCGCCGUUUGCGACCAGCGGCAAUGCGAACACCAAGAAGGCCAAACCGAAUCUCUUGCGUGAGAAACUGCAGCAGGGUGUCAAGGAGCGCAAAGUUAAGGAUGCAACAGCAGCGGCGACGACGACGCCAAAGCCAAAGCGGGAACGUGCCAAGGGCAAUGCCAAGGCCAAAAACGCAGCUGCAGCAGCAGCAGCGGCGGCUAAUGUAAAUGCAGCGGCAACGGCGACUGCGACUGCUGCAGCUGCAGCUAUUGCUGAGGAGAAAAUCAAGCUGCGACUUAAGCUGGACAAAGUGGAGAUGACGCCAACGUCCUUUGAUCAGCAGCAUGUCCAGGUCAAAGUCAUAAUGGAUAGCAAUCACGUGCAGCUGCAGCAUCAGCAGCAGCAACAACAACAACAGCAUCAACAGCUGACGAUGCAAACGCAUCUGCUCUCUCAACAGCAACAGCAACAGCCCAUGCUACAACAACAACAACAUCACCAGCAGCAGCAACAACAUCAGCAUCAUCCCGUGUACAGCAAUUUCCAACACCAGCAACAGCAACAAAGUGGACAACAGCAGGCUGUUGGCACUGGACUAAAUGAGCCACGCGUUCCACCUUUACAGAUUCGCUUGCGCGGCAAAAACUCUGUGGUUGUGAAGAAUACGCGGAAGGAGCGCAAGAAACCCCCGGCUGCCGACGAGGACCAAAAGGUGCGCCAAAUAAAGCGCACCUUUAGCGAACAGGAGCAGCAGCAACAACAACAUAAUCCGCCAGCAUUGCUCAUGGGCGAUGGGGCGACGGAUAAUAAACAGGCCAAGAUAACGCCAACGCCACAUGUGAAUGGAUUGCCCAGCUCCGGUGUACUCUUGCAAAAGACGACGCAGCAACCACCACCAGCACCGCAACAGCAACAGUUGCCAGUGGCUGGUGCAAAGACAACAACAAUUGUGGCUGGCAAAAAUGGGCUGACAAUCAGUGCGAUUGUCGAGGCGCACAAGACGCAAGCCGCCGGGCAAGAUGGAGGACAACUGUUGACAGUCGGAUCGACAAAUACGGGCACGGCAGCAACACUACAGCAACAACAGCAGCAGCAAUUGAGCAAGAUUGCAACUUCGUUGCCCAGCAGCAUCACCUUAAGCGCCAUUACCAGCUCCAACACCAACAGCAACAACAACAAUAACAAUAAUAAUAAUACUAGCAAUAAUAAUAAUAGCAAUUUAACAUUGAAGAAUCCGAUUAAGACUGCAGCGACGAUCACGCCCAUUGUGGGCGGUAAGCCGAUGACAAAAAACCAUAAGCCGCCGCCAUAUAUAACCGCUGUGCAACAGCUGCAGCUCCAAAAGCAGCAACAGCAGCAGCAGCAACAACAACUGGCGGCGGCCGUAACCAUGUUGCCAAGCGCGACGACACUGAAGCGCGUCGAGAUUACAAAACUGGCGCCGAGCAGCGUCGCCGAUUCAGCACCAGCAGCAGCAACAACAACAAUAACGGUCACAACGACUACAACAACAACAUCUUCAUCAGCAUCAUCAUCAGUGGUGGUAACACCGGCAACAGCGGCCACAACAACAUUGCCAACAUUGAUUGGCGAAAGAAAGUUGCCAGUGGCACUCUCGCUAAACUCCUCCACGAUGCUCAACAAUGUUCAUGAAGCAACCAACAUUGCGACCGCAAAUGCAGCAACGACAACGACUACACUGACAACAUCCGCGCAACAUCCCAAACUAAACCACGUGACUCAACAACAACAGCAGCAGCAACAAACAGUUGUGGGGAAUGCGACAAGUGCAACAUCGUCGCCAACACCAGCAUCUGUUCUCGCCAACACAUUGCGAAAUUCACCGGCGAGCAACGGUAGUGGCACCCCCGGGCAUGGCAACAAUGGCGGUGGCGAGGAUAGUGGUAUUGAGUCCAUGGAUGCACUCUCUGAAAAAAGUCCGCAUCAGCAAUCCUCAAGCAGUCCCAUACAACUGCAGCAGCAGCAACAGCAAAUGGUCACCAAGCAGUCAACAACAACAACAACGACGGCAACUGGUUCAACAUCAUCAGCACCAACAACAACCACAACAGCACAGUCCAAAUCUGUUGCUGCAGCAACAGCAGCAGUGAUAACAACAUCAACAACAGCAGCAACAGCAAUAAGUUCUAGCAAUAGUAAAGUGCAACCGAUGCAGCAUGAUGAUAUUGAAAAGGAGCUUGCCAAAAUGGAAGGUUUAAUGGAUGGUUUGGAUACGAUUGUGGCAAGUGUACUGAAGGAAACGGCGACGGCUGCAGAUAUGAACAGUGGCUUCAGCUUGACGCCGAGCACAACAAAACUGAAUGGUGAACAUGAUAUACUUGAACACGAUGAUCUCAUCAAGAAGCUGACGGACAACAUAGAGACAGAGGACAGUAAGAAGACGCUGCCAGCAGCAGCAGCUGCAGCAGAAGUCCCAGUAACAACACCAGCAAUCGAAACGAAAGCGGAGGUAAAGGUUAAACUAGAGAAGCUUAAGCUGGAAGAACUACCAACACUACUGGCCACAAAAAGUGAGCCACCUUCGGAGGACAGUCGUCAAACGGCGGUCACAGAAUCUAUUAAAGAGGAACCCAAAACCUCAAUUGUACACAUAGUUGCAACUAUUCCGGCCAAAGUGAAGGAACCAGCGGAGGAGGAGGCGGACAAAAAAGAAAAGCCGCCCCAAGCUGAGUCGUCUCUACAGCCCAUCUCAAUUGAAAUACCCCAACAGUCUGAUGCCGAAACGCCGCGAAUUCGAACGCGGGCCAGCAGUCGCUUAGAGAGUCCACUGGAUGCACCCAAGACCAGUCCCGAAGCAGCUGUGGCCACCACGACAACAACAGCAGCAGCCGCAACGGCAACUGCAUCAGCAACGACGACAACAACGCCAACAACACUACCAGCGAGAAGUGUGGCACGUGUUGUCUCCACCUCAACGCCGAGCCCCCGUUUGGGGACACCAACGCCGCCAGUUCACAACAACAACAACACGAAACGUCGUCGCCAGGAGUCCGAGUGCGGCAGCAGCAAUGAUGGCGCCAACGAUGCCGACACUGGCAGCAGCAAGCGUACGCGUCUCAGUAGCAGCAGCAGCAGCACUAACAACAACAAUAACAACAACAGCACAGAGACCGCAGAUCCAAGUGGUCUCAAUUAUAUGAUAUCGAAGAAGAUUGAGAUCGAGUCGUCCGACUCAGAUGAGCCGCUUAUUGAAGUGGCAGGCAAGGUUCGCAACUCGAAGGCGCAGGUUGAGGAAAAACACGUGACGAGACGUAAUGCACAACAGCAGCAGCAGCAACAACAACAACUGCAGCAGCAGCAACAGCAACACAAAUCAAUCAACUUGAAUGUGACACCGACUCAGGCGCCAAAGACGGGCAAAUCGCAACCGAAUGCAACAAACAGCAGCAGCAGUAGUAGCAACAAUGUGACGUUGCAGCCCAUCAGCAAUGCGACAACGCCGGCAGCAGCUGCAACACCCACCAACAGCAACACAAGUAUAGUGCAUGCCACACGUGGAGCAACAGCAGCGGCUGCAACCAGCAGUAGCAACAGUAGCAGUAGCAACAAUAGCUUAACAAACAACAACAACAUUGUGAACGCCACUUCGCCAACGGAUGAGAAGAUUGGCACGCGAAGGAGCGUGAGGGCGAGCGCUGCUGCCAACAAGAUAAUCUACAGUCGCAGUAAUGCAGCCGCUGCUGCAGCGGCGGCGGCAGCUGCAGCCGCCGAGUUGAAGGGGACGCCGAGUAGCAAGACGACGGGCGGCGCCGCUGCCGGAGUUGUCGGUGGAGGUGGUGCAGCUGGUGCUGGUGGUGCCAACAAUUCGAAUGCCUCAAAUGCGACCGUCGAGAGUGUGGCGGAGGCGAGACGCAAGACACGCAGUGCUGUGAUUGGUGAGUCGAUGCUGACCGAGGGACGACGAAGAAGGACAUCGCGUGACUACAAGUGACCAGAGUUUUGCGCCUUGGCAAAGGGAUUGAACCAUGCGAGCGAUGCUAACGAGGAUGACUUGAUUGAGCUGAUCGAACUGGAUACGGAUCGGUUCGAUAUCAGCAGCAGUUUCCCCUUUGUCCAGGCGCAGAACGUUGAUGUCGAGUUGGAGGAGAACAGCAACGUUGAUGACGACAAUGAAGAUGAUGAUGACGAUGAUGAUGAUGAUGAAGAGCACCUCGUUGAUAUCUCAUCGGCGCUAGCGCUCAUUGAGACGGCAGAAAAGAAUACCCUUGACUAUGAUGUGGAAGCAGGCGAUGAUGACGCCAAUCAUCUGCAUCUAAUGACUUACCACAACAUAAGCCGAAGCAGCGAUGUGGAUGUAGAUGUGGAUAUGGAUGCGGAUGUAAGUGUGGAUGCGGUCAGCCUGCUAAUGCCGGAACUUGGCAAUGCCAGUGCCUUGGACUGCGGCAACUUUGUCGACUACGAUGAGUUCAACAUGUGUCUGACAAACAUACUCAACGAGAAGGACGAUCAAGAGGAACUCGAGGCUCGGGACAGAUUGGAAAAUGGUACUCUCGAUUCGGGCAAGCAGCAGCAGCAAUGGCACGAUGUUAGCGACGUUCUCAGCAUUGGGCAGCUAAACAACAACCUGGAACUGAGUUUUCAAGACUUUGCCACCGAGUCAAGUGUGACAGCGGAUGAUCGUUCUGGCGGCAGUAGCAACAGCUCCUCACAAAUGGCAUAGUGGCGUCGCUUACAUCCAAAAUUGUUUGCAUUGCCCUUUUCUACUGCGCUCUGUAAAUAGCUAAACAAAAAAAAAACACAAAACACAAAUAACAUACAAAAGCCCAUCCUUUCGUUUUCGUUAGUAAUUUAAAGGUUAUUUCUUUUUCUUUAAAUAUUUUGUAUAGUUAGUUGUAUCCAAAGGUUGCAAUAAUGUUGCAUCUCAAGACGAGAAGCAUCACCCACACACAUACACACUCACACACACCCACAACAUUCACCCAUAUAUGAAAACUACUCGGUUAAUUUAUUGCUACUUUCCAUCAAUUAUCCCUUGGUAAAUGGAUUUGCUAGUCAAGUGAAACAGACAAUUUGUGUAAAGCUCAAAAAACAAAUAAGAGAAGAAAAGAAAACCAGAAAAGAAAGAAAACCGAUAAUGAAAUGUGAACAAAUUAGUUGAAAAUCAAAUAUAUGCAGAAAUAUAUUACCAUACAUAACAAACAAAGUAGUUAACCCGAGACACCCUGCGCCAACACGCAUGCGAAUUUUCAUUUUUUUCAUCUAAGCUCUUGUAUAUACUUUAGACAUAAUUCCGAUAGAUGCAACACAUACACGUUUUUAGUAAACAAAAAAAAAAUAUAUACAAAAUAUAAAAGUUUAUCUUUUUAAUACAAGUUGAACAUAGAAAAAACAAAAAGGAAAACAGACCAUACAUUUACAUAAUGUUUUUAUUUAAUAAUUUUUUUUAGAUCUAUCCACACGAUAUACAGAUAUAUAUAUAGAUAUAUAUAUAUAUAUGUAGUUUUAUAUGCAUAAGUUUGCGUUGUUUCGAAAAAAAAAAAUUUGUUUUUUAGUUUUAAAAGUUGUAUUGUAAGUCAUAUACAUAAUAUUAACACAAAAAUCCUCUAAAUAUGCACAUAAAAACCUCUGCAAUAAGUUAGUCAAGGCGAAGCACGGAAAUUAUAAAAAGUGUUUGUAGUUUUGAACGGCGAAUGAAAAUAUGUAUAUACAUAUAUACAAAUAGAAGAAACAAACCGUAUAUAAUGUUAUAUAUUUUGCAUACACACAAAACAAGAACAAAAAAAAAAAACAAAACAAAACAAAAAAAAAACCACAAAAGCAAAAGUUGUAUUGUAUAUAAGGCAGGCUCUAUUUUUGCUAAAUGUUAUUUGAACAAAUAAGGGGAAAACAAAGAUGCAUAGCAAAAGCAAAGCGCUAAACAAAACACAUUAAAU